AAACAUUAUUAUUAAUUUUUGUUCCUGGUUGAUUGUGGCUGAUUAAGAAGACGAAUAUUCAGAAAAGGGGGACAAAUAAUGAAGCUUUGAUCUGAAAAAUUACUUUAAUAAUGCUGUUUUUAAUUCAAAAAGCUUGCUAAUGUUGAAUUCCUUCUUCACAGUCAUCAAUACAUUGAUAGAAUGACAGAAGACUUUUUUCACAAACUUAGUGACAUCUCCCAUUAUGUAAUCACCACAGUCAAUAAUAAUUAGUCAAUUAUUACAUAACUCUAAAUUAACUACUAAAACUACCAAUUACGUAACAGGCUUGAAGGCCGGACUUUGAUUAAUAGCAGCGAUUGACAAUUACAUACUGGAGAUCUGACGCAGACGACGAAGCGCUGUCGACACGUGAGAUUAGCUAAUAUUUCUUCAUAUCUAAGCGAGAUCUCGUGACUUGCUGUCGAUGUUUUGAUCUUUGAGGGCAUUUGGUGAUCCAUAUAAUUCCAUAAAGUACAAAAUGAAAGCUGUGUUGAUCUGCAUCUUCUUCUUCGUCAGCAUUUGUAAAGGUCUAGUGUAUUUUCAACCCGAACAAAUACACAUUUCAUAUGGAGACUCUCCGACGCAAAUGGCUAUCACUUGGAACACAAUGGAUCCGACUGAAGACUCCAUUGUUGAAUAUGGUAUAGGAGGUCUGAUUCUAAAAGCCUAUGGAAAUCAGACAGUUUUCAUUGAUGGCGGCAAAGAGUCAAGAAUGCAGUUUAUCCACAAGGUCAUUCUCACAGAUCUCACUCCAGGAGCCACUUAUACGUAUCAUUGUGGAAGUGACCUGGGCUGGUCCGAAAUCUUUACAUUCACCGCUAUGAAAAAUGGCACGGACUGGUCACCAAGAUUUGCCAUUUAUGGUGACAUGGGCAAUGUCAACGCCCAGUCUCUGCCCCGUAUUCAAGAGGAAACUCAGAAAGGCCACUUUGAUGCAAUUCUGCAUGUCGGAGAUUUUGCUUACGACAUGCACUCGCACAAUGCUAAAGUGGGCGAUGAAUUCAUGCGACAGAUUCAGUCCAUCGCUGCAUACGUGCCUUAUAUGACGUGCCCUGGCAACCAUGAAGAAGCUUACAACUUCAGCAACUACCAAGCUCGAUUCUCCAUGCCUUCCUCGUUGAAUAGCAUGGUCUACAGCUUUGACAUCGGCCCUGCUCACAUCAUCGCCAUCUCCACUGAGUUUUACUACUUCCUCGAGUACGGCUUCAAGCAGGUGGUGUUUCAGUACGAUUGGCUAGAGCAGGACCUCAUCAAGGCCAACAAAAACCGCGAGGAGCGCCCUUGGAUCAUCACCAUAGGUCACCGGCCAAUGUAUUGCUCCAAUUUGAACCGUGACGAUUGCACCAACCACGAGACUUGGAUCCGCUCUGGCUUGCCUUUCCUCAAUUGGUUUGGCCUGGAAGAUCUUUUUUAUGAGAAUGGCGUAGACCUUGAAAUCUGGGCCCACGAGCAUUCCUACGAGAGAUUGUUUCCCAUCUACAACUACACGAUGUACAACGGCAGCACGGAGGAACCUUACACCAACUACAAAGCUCCUGUCCACAUCAUCACAGGAUCUGCGGGUUGCCAAGAAGGCCGAGAAAAGUUUAGCAAACACCGACCCGAGUGGAGUGCGUUCAGAAGCAAUGAUUAUGGUUAUGCUAGGAUGACUGUUCACAACAAAACUCAUCUGUACUUUGAACAAGUUUCAGAUGACCAAAAUGGAGCUGUGAUUGAUAGCAUUUGGAUGAUCAAGGACCAACAUGGAUCUUACGAAAAUUAGUUAGCAUUACUGCUUCAAUCGCCGUAAAUUGCUAAGUGUAGGAAGUAAGCACUGUAAGAAACUCAUUGUUUCUUUAACUGACUAGGCUUUGACUGAACAAAGCGCUGUUUGAUCUGAUUCAUAUAAUUGUAUGAAACCUCACUCUAGCAGUUUACACAUGAUAAUUUAUUCAAAGGAGUUUGAAAAUAAACAUUUUACUAAAUUUUUAAGGAAA